UCAUUGGCCUUGUUGAGCUCCUGGUGAAUUUUGUUUGAUUUGAGAGCCAUGAAAAAAGAGAAUCUUGUGGCAGAUUGAUGAGAUCUAGUUCUUACAUUGCAGCUUUUCCUUCUAUUGCAUUCUUUAAAAUCGGAUUUUUCGCGCAGAGUUGACAAUGCCAGGCGAGGGAUUUUUAAUUCAAGAAGAUGAACGGGUGAGAAAAUCCGAUUAUGAAAUAUCUGAGGACGAGAGGAGAAGGACUCGGAUCGGAUCUAUUAAGAAGAAGGCAAUGAGUGCUUCAACCAGGUUUUCACACACUCUCAGGAAAAGAGGCAAUAAGCGAGUCGGCGACUGUCGGUUUCCAUCUGUAUCAAUCGAAGAUGUUCGAGAUGCAAAGGAGGAAGAAGCGGUGAAUGUGUUUCGUCAGGCUCUGCUCAAGAAAGAUCUUCUUCCAUCCCGCUUUGAUGAUUAUCAUACAAUGAGAAGAUUUUUGAAAGCAAGAAAAUUUGAUCUUGAAAAAACUGUCCAGAUGUGGUCAGAUAUGCUGAAGUGGAGAAAGGAGUAUGGGGUUGAAUCUAUUGUACAAGAUUUUGUUUAUGAUGAAUUUGAAGAGGUUCAACGUUAUUACCCUCACGGUUACCAUGGGGUGGACAAAGAGGGAAGGCCUGUUUAUAUUGAGAGACUUGGCAAAAUUGAGCCUACUAAACUUAUGGAUGUUACCACCGUGGACCGGUUUUUAAAGUACCAUGUUCAGGGGUUUGAAAAGAACUUUUCAGAGAAGUUUCCAGCGUGUUCUAUUGCUGCAAAAAGGCAUAUUAACUCAUCAACGACAAUUUUGGAUGUACAAGGACUGAACUGGAUGAGUUUCAGCAAGGUUGCACAUGAAUUGAUUACACGCAUGCAAAAAAUGGAUGGUGACAACUAUCCUGAGACAUUGCAUCUGAUGUUCAUUGUUAAUGCUGGAAGUGGUUUCAAACUGCUAUGGAACACUGUAAAAGGAUUUCUUGAUCCAAAAACUACCUCAAAGAUAAUUGUUUUAGGAAAUAAAUAUCAGAACAAACUGCUGGAACAUAUAGACCCAAGCCAACUGCCGGAUUUCCUAGGUGGCUCUUGUUCAUGCCCGAAUGAAGGAGGGUGCAUGAGAUCUAGUAAGGGACCAUGGAAUGAUCCAGAAAUAAUGAAGAUCUUAAGUAAUGAAAUAUCCUCUGCUGAGUCAGGAUCAGAUGUUGAAGUCUCAUCAACUGGGCUAAGAAUUUCUAGCUUCACACAAUUAACAACACUCCGUGAAGAAGUUUCUCAGGAAAGAAUAGAUGAUCUUUUAGCCCUCCGCAGCCAGGCUGAAUCAGUUGGCAUUGCCACCACAGUUGAAGAUGUCAGUUCAGCAGAUGCUUCAAUUGAUAAUGUCACGGAAAGAAGGCUGAAGAAGUUCAUUUCUCGUUUAACAACUUUAGUGGCUCGGUUCUUACUUGAAGUGUUAGCUGUCCUACAUAUUGUACGUUUUGGGUUUGGGAAGAUUGUUUCAGUGAAUAAUGCCAGUGAGCGGUUGGAAAACCAACGUAUUCCAGAAUCAGCUAAUCCAAAUUCUGAAGACCAACUUGCUUCACAGGCUGCCAGGGAGGACUUAAUCCGUCCUUGUUUGCAGAGGCUACAAAGUUUAGAAGCAUUGGUAGCUGAACUGACCAAUAAACCAGUGAAAAUCCCUCCAGAGAAAGAUAUCAUGCUUCUGGAGUCAUUGAGUCGUAUUAAAUCCAUAGAAUAUGACUUGCAGAAGACAAAGAAAGCACUACAUGCAACAGCAUCAAAACAAGUGGAGCUUGCAGAGUCACUGGAGAAUAUAAAGGAAACUAACCUAAGAAAGAACUCUUGCUGGUUUAAGAAUUGCAGACCUCCUCCCCCUGGAAGCUGAACACAUUUGGAAACAGGAUGGAUGCUCCAAGCUGCUGCAGAGUUACCCUUGUUUCAGAUUUUCCGAAAUGCUGGUGGUGGUAACGAGCCUUGAUCGAAGUGCCUGGAUGAGUUUCACUGAUUCAAGAAUUUUUCAGGUGUUUGAAGUAGGCAGGAACACAUACACAUACACACACACACACACGCACACGCACUAACUCAGGGGCAAUGAGGUGUAACUAAAAUGAUAUACCAAGCAUUCACGGUCAUAUGAUGGCUGACUCUGCAUCAAAUUUCUUUGCGAUGUUGUACAUUUAUCUUGACUCACUUCUUUUGUGUUCAUUAAAGCAAAAGGGAAUGGACUAGUUCACCACUUCCUGUUGACUU